AUGUCUCCCAAACCAGCAGUCAUUACCGUCAUCGGCUCGCUCAACGUUGAUCUAGUCACGCGCACACAGCGCGUCCCUGUUGCCGGCGAAACCCUCACCUCCGAGUCUUUCGACACAGGGUUUGGGGGUAAAGGUGCAAACCAGGCCGUAGCAUGCGCUCGUCUAUCAAGAACUCAGAAGCAGGCUUCCAAUGGUGAGGCUUCGGAUGUGGAAGUGCGAAUGGUUGGCGCUGUAGGAAACGAUCAAUUUGGCGCGGGGUUUGUGGACCAACUGCAAAAAGACGGACUGAAGACAGAUGGUGUCAAAUUAUUAGAGGGGAAGAAGACGGGGGUGGCUGUGAUUGUAGUGGAAACCAAGACUGGAGAAAAUAGAAUCAUGUUCUGCCCUGGCGCGAACUAUGAUGUCGAGGUCAAGGAUUUAGUUGAUGACGAUGCGGGCGUUGCCCUGUUCCAGCUGGAGUUGCCUUUGGAUGUGGUCGUGCACAACAUGAAAGCUGCACGGAACAAGGGCGUGGAGACUAUCAUCAACCCUGCACCUGCAAUUCAACUCCCAGAAGAAGCGUACUCGGGUCUUAACCACCUUAUUGUCAACGAAACCGAGGCAUCCAUCAUGUCAGGCAUCGAAAAUCCAACAUCAUGGGAUAAAGUGGCUGCCGUCUUCAUUGCUCGAGGUGUGAAGAACGUCAUCAUUACGCUUGGAGGCGAAGGUGUCUAUUAUCAAACGGAUAAACGACAGGAGCAAUCCCAGCCCGGUCAAUUGGUCCCAGCAAGAAAAGUCAAGGUUGUUGACACCACAGCUGCGGGCGACACUUUCGUUGGAGCCUAUACCGUUGCAGUGGCCAGAUGGAAGACAAUGUCUCAAGGAUCGAACUUCGAUUUGGGCGCUGCGAUUGAGCAUGCGAACCGCGCGGCUUCUUUGACUGUCCAGAAAGCAGGAGCACAGUCGUCUAUACCCUGGAUAGAUGAGGUACCAUCUGCUUAG